GCACAAUACAUCCCAUAGUGACACAAUGAGUGGCUGUCCUUUUAUGGCAAAGAAACAUCAUUUUACUUUCAGUGAACUCUCUUUGGAAGACAAACAUGAAGACAAUUCCCAAGAAGGAUUGAACAAAGCCAGUAAAGGAGGACUCAUAUAUGGGGACUAUCUACAACUUGAUAAAGUACUGAAUGCUCAAGAACUGCAGAGUGAAAAGAAGGGAAAUAAAAUCCACGAUGAACACCUGUUUAUAGUCACACAUCAAGCCUAUGAAUUGUGGUUCAAGCAGAUUCUUUGGGAACUAGACUCUGUUCGAGAAAUCUUUCAAAAUGGCCAUGUAAGAGAUGAAAGGAACAUGCUUAAGGUUGUUGCUCGCAUCCACCGCAUUUCCAUGAUACUAAAGUUACUGGUUGAGCAAUUCUCUGUUCUCGAAACAAUGACGGCAAUGGACUUUUUUGACUUUAGGGAUUACUUGUCCCCAGCCUCUGGUUUUCAAAGCUUGCAGUUUCGGCUGUUGGAAAAUAAAAUUGGUGUCCCUGAAAUCCUACGAGUUCCGUACAACAGACGACAUUAUCGUGACAACUUCAAAGGAGAAACAAAUGAAUUACUUCUUAGAUCUGAGCAAGAACCAACACUACUGGGACUUGUGGAGGCAUGGCUUGAAAGGACACCAGGGCUGGAGGAGGAAGGAUUUCAUUUCUGGGGAAAGCUUGAAGUUAAUAUAUUUCGGGCACUAGAGGAAGAACUUCAAGCAGCAAAGACCAAGCCAGAUUCAGAAGACAAGGAAGAACAUUUGGCUGAACUUCAGAAACAAAAGGAAUUAUUUGGUGCUUUAUUUGAUGAGAGACGUCAUGAGCAUCUGCUCAGCAAAGGAGAAAGAAGACUCUCAUAUAAAGCCCUCAAAGGAGCAUUAAUGAUCAAUUUCUACAGGGAGGAGCCACGGUUCCAGGUUCCAUUUCAGCUUCUCACUUCUUUGAUGGAGAUCGAUACCUUGAUGACUAAGUGGAGAUAUAAUCAUGUAUGCAUGGUGCACAGAAUGAUUGGGAGCAAAGCUGGAACUGGAGGCUCUUCUGGAUACCAAUACUUGCGCUCAACUGUGAGUGACAGAUACAAAGUUUUUGUGGACCUAUUUAACCUUUCGACAUAUUUAGUGCCACGACACUGGGUACCUCGCCUGAAUCCGAGCAUUCAUAAAUUUCUGUACACGGCUGAAUGCUGCGACAGCUCCUACUUCAGCAGUGAUGAUUCUGACUAAAAUUUCUGCUCUAAAAAAUACAAGGAUAUUUUGUGCCACAUAAAAAGUAUUACAGCAUAAAUGGAAGAAUCAACGUUUUUUUUAAAAAGGAAAUUAUGGUGCAGAUUUAUCAGAGGUUUUCAAUUUCUUAUCAGGCUUCCCAGACAUUCGAUAUGUGCAAACAUUGUUUGGAAAUGAUCUAACUGGCCAAUCCAGUUAAUAGGCCACUUUGAUCAGUUCAAACAAUAUACAGUUAUCAUUAUAUUUGUAUAAUAGACAUGCUAUCACAGACCAGCCACAGCAAUAGCUGUCAAGGUAUUGAAUCCUAUGCAAAGCUACAAGCAAUGAUACAUUGAAAACAAAAAACACUUGUGAUAAAUAUUGAUUGAUAUUUAUUAAACUAGUGCUUUCUCAGCAUAUCACAAUGAAUUCAGAAGAGUUCAUAUGGAAUAAAUUAAAUUCACUAUCACUGUGAGCAUACAUCAGAUUGCCCCCAAUAGGAGCACACAAGCAAUGUGCUGUGGAAGGUGGAUUUCAUUACUUCCUCACAAUAAAGGCUUAUUUAUGAUUGCUUGAGCAAUCAUUUACUAAAGUCACGCAUGAGUUUCUGAAUGUAUGCGUGGUUUCUGCUCCAGUUCCCUUGGAUUGUUGCGAGUGGGGUUUUUUCCCUGAGUGGGCUUUUUUUGGCAGCUUUUAGGUGCUGAACUUUUAAUCUUCUUCCAAACCCUGCUCAGGAAAAAAACCCGCUUGGCAACAAGCUAAAGCAAUUGGAGCAGAAAUCAUGUGUAAGUUCAGGUUGGCAGUGGGUUUUUCUCCGCUGGCAUUUUUCUGCCUGCUUAAGGGUUCAAGCAACUCUAUAAUGAUUUUUGAUAAAAACAGCACCUAUUUAUUGUCAGCGAGUUGUUACAUAGGUAUGGAAAUUGUUGUAAGUAUAUGUUAGUAUAUAACCAUGUUAUAUGUAUCUUAUCUUCGACAUAUAGGGGGAAAUUUACUAAAGGGCGAAGUGGCUAACACUGGCGAAAAUUCACCAGUGUGACGUCAUUUCGGCACUUCGCCGAUUUACGAACGGUAGUUGGCGUAAAUUCGAUGGUGUAAUUUCGCCAAGGAGAUAGACUCUGGCGCAACUUCGCCCUCUAACGCCAGGCAAAUUUUCGGUAGUGUUACUACGCAAAUUCACUAAGUUUUUGAUAUUACUGCAUGUUACCUCCAUCGCCAGACUUGCUUUCGCCACCUCAGACCAGGCGAAGUAGAUAGGACUUCCUCAAAAAAUAGUCGUUUUUCUAAGUCCUAAAAAACGCUGGCAUUUUUUCCUUUUUAAAGGGUGAUAGACUGAAAAAGAUCGUAAAUUUUUUUUGGGGUACCCUCCUUUCCCCCUACAUUUGCUAACAUAUGGCACCUAAACUAAACUGUGGGCACAUGUGUAGGGCAUUAUAACAACUUUAUAUAAUUUUAUUAAGGUUCCCUGGCCUUGUGUAGUGUAAUGUAUUUGCUGCAGCAUAUACAUCCAUUGCACUUUAACUGCACGCCGUAUGCUAAUUAGCCAUUGCUAGCGUAACGUUGAACUGCUGAGCGUAAUUUUGCCAGCGUUCGUUACCCUGUGCACAAUUUUGGAUCUUCGUAAAUUAGCGUUGUCCAGGCGAAUUAGCGGCUGGCGGAGUGUUUUGCGAUGUGUGCGAAGCUAGCGCUGGUGAAUUUUCGCCGGUUAGUGAAUUUGCCCCAUUGUUUGUGAAUAGCAGGGAUGAUAAACCCAUGGCCCUCCAGAUGUUAUGAACAGCAACUCCCAGUGUUCACAAACACCCAAGGGUUGGGAUUUGGAGUUGAAGUACAACCCAUCUUGGGAGAGAUCAGAUGGAAACUAUACUGAAGGACUGUAAAUAAAUAUAUAUAAUAUUCUAUCAAUAACUUAAAUUGCCUAUUUAUAGUACAUAAAGCAUUCCUAAACAUGGAAAUUUAUACUCAGUGCUAAAGUGUAUUUCAACCGAUUAAAACUGUAUAUUUGCUAUUUGGUUUUAAAUAAAAACUAUACAAAUGUA